GUUGUGAGUGACCCUAAGGCUUUGGAAGCUGUUGAAGAGUUUAAUCUAGAUUUACUAGAUCAGCAGAAUGAUCAACAAAAUGGCCGCGAAGAAGAGAUUGAAAAUCGAUUGCCGGCCUUAAGGACAAUACGACGAUCACGCCAGAGACUUCCACGUUUCAAACUCGACACACAUGUGAUGGAGUUUGCAAUCAACCCUUUACCUGAAAGUCGUGACCCUGCCGACUGGGUUGAAGAAGCUUUUCGUGAUGUCUAUAAUAAAAUUAUUGAGGCUGGAGGACGUGGUAUGAAUCGAAUGUGCCUUACAUUCAAUUUUGCAAAUAUGCAAAGAGACAAUGCCUGGAUAAGUCCACGUGCGAUCAAAGGAUAUGAGUUUCAAGAUCUAUGGAAUCUUGUUAGUUCUAUCGCGCAGAGCGCAAACGGUUUCGGAUGUGCCGAUAAGUUUUGGAUCAAACUUCACGUGGCUGAAGCCCCGGUAGGUCAAGGUUUCCUUGAAAACGGCAUGAAAAGAGGGUUUAGUAGAAAAUGUAUCCUUCAGAUUUCGAAUGAAGAUGGCUUGUGUCUAGCCCGAUCACUUGUUGUGGCCAAAGCACAUGCAGAAAAAUUAAAAACCAGAGCUGAUAAGGGCAAGAUCCACGAGGUAUGGCAGGCAAUCCGGCAAUGCAAGGGAAAAAUGCAACGUAAGGAGGCCGAAAGACUAACUCGAAGGGCAGGAGUCAUUGCUCCUGACGAAGGCUGUGGUCUACAGGAAGUUGCUCAAUAUCAGCGAUACUUGGCUGAAGAAGGAUGCCUUAUCAAGGUCUAUUCCCUCAUGAGAAACGGAAAAGAUCACCCUGUGCUCUACGAUGGUACACCUGAAUUGAUUAGCAGAAAGAUGACCGUCCGAUAUACCUUACCGAUUGUGUAUUAUCCUGAAGAGAACCACUAUGAGCCAAUCCAAAAUUUACCUUCAUUCUUUGGCGUGAAGUAUUAUUGCGAGCAUUGUAACAAACCUUACACUACGCAAGGACAUGUUUGUGAUAGGACUUGUGAUAGGUGUUUGAAGAAUCCUCCGUGUGACUCUACGAUUGUUGAUAAAAUAGUGUGUGACGAUUGUAAUCGAGAGUUUCACGGGCAAUUGUGCUUCGAUCAACAUAAGAAACCAGGAUCUUUCAGCGGAAAUAACCCCACCGUCUGUGACUAUAUAAAAUUGUGUGGCCAAUGUAAUACGAAAAUUGAUCAUCGCAAAGCUCAGAAUCAUGUGUGCCAUAAAUAUUAUUGCAACGUAUGUCAAAAGGACGAAGAUAGUUCUCAUCUCUGCUAUAUGCCCACCUUAAAAAGCAAGAAAAAAUUGACUUUGAAACGCGUGGCGUUUGUUUUCUACGACUUUGAAACCAGACAGGAUGAGCUUCUGCAAGGAACUACAGAUGUCAACGUACACAUUCCUAAUCUUUGCGUUGCACAAACUGUGUGUGACCGCUGUGCAGAUAUGACCGACGAUGACAUUGUGAACGCAAACGAUAAUCACGGAAAUCCAUGUGGCGUUUGUAAACAUCGGGAAAAUGUUUUCGAUGGUGAGGAUCCUGUGCGAGGAUUUGUUGAUUACAUCACGUCGAUGGGUAAGACGUAUAAAAAAGUAGUUUGUAUUGCACAUAACGCGAAAGGCUAUGAUUCACAAUUCGUUUUGAGAGACGUCAUGAAACGCAUUAACAGUCAAAUUAAAGCGAUAAUUAACGGAACAAACAUUAUCUUGAUGGAUUUUGGGGAUAAUAAAUUUAUAGACAGUUUAAAUUAUUUUCACAUGGCUCUUGCAAGUUUACCGAAAGCUUUUGGAUUGGGGAAUAUAGCGAAAGGCUAUUUUCCACAUUUUUUCAAUACAAAAGAGAAUCAAAACUACGUAGGGCCUAUACCUGAUAGAAAAUAUUAUGGUGCUGACACUAUGGGAGUACAAGAUCGUGAAAAAUUCUUAUCCUGGUAUAAUGAUCGUGUCGAAGAAGAUUAUGAAUUUGAUUUUCGUAAAGAAAUUCUUCAUUAUUGCAGACUUGAUGUUACAAUUUUGAGACGAGCCUGUGUUGAAUUUCGAAAACUGAUUAUGAAUGCUGGAAAUGUCUGUCCUUUUACAGAAUGUGUAACGAUUGCUUCUACAUGCAUGCGUAUUUUUCAAACAAAUUUCUUAAAAGACAAGCAGAUAGGCAUUAUACCUCAGGGAGGAUAUCGGUUAGGGAAAACGCAGUCGAAAAUCGCAAUUGAAUGGCUCUUGUGGCGCGAACAUUGCGAGAAUCAUCGAAUAAUACAUGCCGGACGAACUCGUGAACACAGAACAACUUCAGGCCUGCGUCUAGAUGGUUUUUGGGAGGAUACCGCGAAUAAUAAUAAGAAAUAUGCAUAUCAGUUCCACGGAUGUUAUUGGCACGGAUGCCCACGGUGUUUCAAAUUCAAUAGAGAUAAAGAGUUAAGUCACAAGGAUACACUAGAGAGCCGAUAUGAGAGAACAGGGGCGAUUACCCGGGAAUUGCGACACUCGGGUUAUGAAGUCGUUGAAAUGUGGGAAUGCGAUUUUAUUCGUCAAAAAAAGACAGAUCAUGUGUUGGCGAAUUUUGUAGAAAACGUUGAUCAGCAAAUGUUUAUAGCUCUGGAUCCGCGCGAUGCAUUUUUCGGGGGACGAACAGGAAAUACCGUAACACAUUAUGAUGUAAAAGAUAAUGAGAAAAUUCGCUAUGUUGACGUUUGUUCGUUAUACCCAUACGUUUUAAAGACAGGGAUUUUCCCGAUUGGACAUCCCACUGUCCAUGUGGGGCGUGAUUGUCAGCUUAUAUGCCCUAAUAAUAAUAUUUCGCGGAUAGAAGGUCUCGUGAAAUGUCGCGUUUUACCCCCUCGUCAAUUAUUUCACCCUGUUUUACCAGUAAAAGCCCAUGGAAAGUUACUGUUCCCUCUCUGUCGAUCAUGCUGCGAUGAUCUUGUACAAGAUAAUUGCCCUCAUGAUGAUCCCGCUGCUCGCGAAUUUUUGGGAACUUGGGUCGCUCCAGAACUUCGUAAAGCCGUAGAAAUGGGGUAUAAAAUAUUAGAAAUCAGUGAGCUUUGGGAGUAUAAGAGUACUACGCGUUAUAAUCCUGUGACGCGAACAGGUGGAUUAUUUGCCGAAUACAUUAACACUUUUUUGAAAAUAAAACAAGAGGCUUCGGAUUGGCCUGCUGAGUGUGUAGAUGAUGAAUCAAAGAAUCGAUAUAUUGCUGAAUAUGAGACGCGAGAAGGUAUAAAACUUGACAAAGAUAAAAUUCAAAAGAAUGCCGGAUUAAGAGCCGUAGCAAAACUUUGUUUAAACUGUCUCUGGGGUAAAUUUGGGGAGAGGGAGAACUUGACAAAAAAAGCUAUUAUUCGAACACAUGAGGAAUUUGCAAAUAUAAUGUUUAAUCCUGAAAUUGAAGUAACAGGACUUGUUCCUGUCGAUAACGACACUCUCUUCAUGUCCUGGAAACAUUUAAACGAAGCCGCGGAAAUGUCCACUAAGGCUAAUGUUGUUAUUGCGGCUUAUACAACCGCUCACGCGCGUCUAAAGUUAUAUUCUUAUCUAGAAAAACAACAAGAACGUGUUUUAUAUUAUGAUACAGAUUCGGUAAUUUACGUCAGCGAUGGAUCAAAUGAAUUACCGCUAGGGAAUUUUCUAGGGGAUUUGACCGACGAAGUAGAGGGCUACGGAGAAGGAAGUUUCAUUACUUCUUUUGUCUCUGGGGGGCCUAAAUUUUAUACUUAUCGCGUAAAAAAACCGGACGGUAGUAUCGCGGAAGUUAGUAAAAUAAAAGGGGUUAGACUGAAUUAUGAAUCGCGUAAACAAAUUCAUUACGACUCGAUUCGCGCGCUCGUUGUCGAUAAAGCAGAUCCCUACCAGAUCGACUAUCAUGGUAUCCGUCGGACAGUGUAUCAUGACGUCAUCACGAAACCUGAGAGUAAGAUCGUACGUGCGACAGGACCAAAACGGCGGCUUGAUGGUUUCGCGACACUGCCCUAUGGUUUCAAAAAACCGCGAUUGAACCGCUGCUAGUUGGCGCACUGUUUUUUAAAAAUUAAGUAUUUUAUGCAUUUAGAUUGAUUGUAGUAGUUUUGUAUAAUA